AUGCUGAAAGUAAGAGCACGACGGCUUUGGACGAAGGAGGAGGAUGCCCUCCUCAGAAAAGCGGUCAAUGAAAGCAUGGCUCGAGGUGGUGACAUCAACUGGCAUCGCAUAGCCUCGAACAUCCCAGAUCGAAACAACAAGGACUGCAGGAAACGAUGGGUCUAUAUUCUGGCACCUUCCUUGAACAAGGGAGCGUGGAAUAAAACCGAGGAUGAAAAGCUGCUGCAAGGCAUCCAGAAACACGGUUUCCGCUGGGCACUCGUUUCACAAGUUGUCGGAUCCAGACAGCCAGAUCAGUGUUCAAGGCGGUGGCAUGAAUCUUUGAACCCAGAAAUAAAUAAUGACAGAUGGUCACUUCUGGAAGACGAGAUUUUGAGGGAGGCCGUUGAGAUAUAUGGUCGAAGAUGGACCGAGAUCGUGGAUAGAUAUUUUCCCAAUCGAACGCCGAUUGCCGCGAAAAAUAGAUAUACCCAGCGCUUUGGCAGUAAUAAAGCCGAUGGAACAGUACCGAAGGCUUCCGGAAGUGUUGCCAGGAAGAAAGCCCCGAUGGUGAAACCGGCCGCCAGCCCUGUGCCGCGGGUUGAGGAAAAUCGAAGUGUUUGUCAGACGAUCAUGCCAAAGCUCCUUUGGCAUGUCCCAGAUCAUACUCAGAGCCAGCCAGCCCGGCUACCAGCUCCGUCAAAAGUCACGGUCCCCGAGGUAUGGCCAACCAACGAUGUCCACUCGCCUUUGGCUGCGGUCCCUUCCUAUCAACAGGUCCCAAGUCUCACGAGCUCACCGAGUCCGGUACCGAUUCCGCACACUCCUUUGAUUGAUCCAAUCCGUCCUUGUGAGCCAACAAGUAUAUCGCCUUAUUCAUAUUACGCCGUCACAUCAUCGCAGGCAGAGAUGUGUGCGCCUUCAUUUACAGAUCCGCCACUUAAUGGCAAUUUUGGCUAUGACCCAUGGACUUCCAACGAUAUGUUGUCUCUCCUCCACACCGGGGUAAUGGGAUAUCCAGACAUGGAACACAGCACCAACAUUCCUACAAUGGGGCCACGAUACGACCACAUUAGGUUUUCUGAUCACACGACUUUAUUGACUUUAUAG